GAAAAAGAGUAUAUUUAAAUCAUCAACUUCCGGUAUGCAAUUUACACUUUUUCCUAGCACUUUUCGAACGACGCGCAUGAUUAUUACCGUUUGGCUGCAACAAUUUUUGGAUCAGUGAUUUUCAUAAAACAUCGGUUCAUUAAAGAAUGGCAGAUCGUCAGCCGGUAAGACGGGCCCGAGCUCGAGGCUACACAGCCGUCAAUCCGACGCACAGUGCGCCUGAAGGUCGGGGGCAGGCCCCCGUCCGUGGUAGCGGAAUUGCCGUGUCUGGGCCUCGACCGUCCUUACAACACCCGGGAGGUGGUGGCCGUGCCACGUCCUACGGUGAUGCUCCAGCAGGUCGUGGGACUUCCUCGAGCACCUCCGCUGACAAUGGAAACGGCAAUUCAAACAGCAGCGGCAACGGUGCUACAGCGACAGCAACAAGCCGUGGAGCAAGUCGGGGUCGGCGUACUAUCGUUGACACACUACGAACUCGUGCUCCGAAUGCUCCCUCGAAGCAAGGUGCCAUUGGCCAACCGUUGCAGCUACAGGCCAACUAUUUCAAAGUUUUAAAGCGCAUUGAGUGGACGUUGUAUCAGUAUCGGGUAGAUUUCGCUCCGGCUUGUGACAGUAUUCGUUUGAUGCAAGGAUUGAUCAGUCAGCAUAAGAAAACGUUCGGUGGUUACUUGUUCGAUGGAACGCAGCUGUUUAUGGUGAACAAACUUCGAAGCGAACAGCUGUCGUUGGAAUGUCGCCACGAACGGACGGGAGAGGUGUAUCAAAUCAAGAUCGUCCACACCGGCACCGUCGACAUGACGAACGAAACCGGUAUCCAGGUUCUCAACUUGAUCCUUCGCCGCGCCAUGGGGGGAUUGAAUCUUCAGUUGGUUGGACGAAAUUUGUUCGACGCUGCAGCCAAAAUUGCCAUUCGGGAAUACCAAAUUGAACUGUGGCCAGGAUACGUAACCAGUAUCCGACAGCACGAACAGGAUAUCUUGGUUUGCUGUGAAAUUGCUCACAAGACCAUGCGGAUGCAGACUUGCUACGACAUUCUGCGCGAUUGCCAGAACAAAGAUCGGAAUUACAAGGAUGCAUUCACACGAUGCGUUCUCGGGGUCGUUGUACUGACCGGAUACAACAACAAGACCUACACAAUUCAUGAUAUUUCAUUCGACACGACUCCGUCCAGCACUUUCGAGACAAAAAAUGGAAUGAUUUCGUUUGUAGACUAUUACAAACAGAAGUACAAUAUCAAGAUACGGGAUCCCCAUCAGCCGAUGUUGCUUUCCCGAGCCAAGAAGCGCGAUAUACGAGCAGGUGGCAACGAGCUGAUGGCAUUGGUUCCGGAGCUUUGUCAAAUGACGGGAUUGACCGAACAAAUGAGAAGUGACUUCCGAAUGAUGCGCGCCAUGGCGGACCACACGCGCCUCAAUCCGGAUCGACGAAUCGAACGGCUGGAAACGUUCAAUCGUCGACUGCAGACCACACCGGAUAGCAUGGAGGUGUUUAAGGUUUGGCAAAUGGAACUUGACAAGCGUCUGGUUGAGCUGCCCGGUCGGCUAUUACCGGAAGAGAUAAUCCUGUGUUCCGCUACCGCCAAGGGAACGCCAACGGGUGAAAACGCUGACUGGACUAUGAUAUUCCGUAACAAUCCGAUGUUGUCCACAGUCCGUCUGCAACGCUGGUUUGUGGUAGUACCGCAAAGGGCUUCACGUGAGGCGAACGAUUUUCUGGGCUGCAUGAAUCAGGUUGCCCGCGGUAUGCGUUUCGAGAUGAACCAAUGCGAAAUUGUCACCAUUCCAGAUGACAGUCCUCCCACAUAUAUCCGCACCCUGGAGAACUUGGUCAAUAAAGAUCCCCAGUUGAUUAUGUGCGUUGUGUCGAAUCAGAAAGCCGAUCGGUACACGGCCAUCAAGAAGAAAUGUUGCGUCGAUCGCGCUGUUCCAACGCAGGUCAUCUGCCAGAAAACGAUCACCCCGAAAGGAGGCAAUGUGCGCACGCUGAUGUCCGUGGCCACCAAAGUCGUCAUUCAGAUGAACUGCAAGCUGGGCGGUGUUCCGUGGAAGGUUCGCAUUCCACUCAAUGGAUUGUUGAUCAUCGGCUUCGAUGUUUGCCACGACACGAAUGACAAGUCCAAGUCCUACGGGGCCAUGGUAGCCAUGAUGGAACACGAUAACAAAAGCACCCCCAAGUUUUUCUCCGCCGUUAGUCAGCAUGGUCACGGCGAGGAAAUCAGCAACUAUCUGCCACUGAACACAGUGAAAGCGCUCAACGAGUACCGGAAGGAGUACAACGAACUCCCGACGCGUAUUAUUUUCUAUCGGGACGGCGUCGGCGAGGGUCAACUGCAUUAUGUGUACGAGCACGAAGUGAAAUCGAUCAAGGAAAAACUAAACCAAAUUUACCAAUCCGCCGGCGCGACGCAGGACGCGAUGCUGACAUAUUUUGUUGUCAACAAGCGCAUCAACACACGGAUUUUCGAUCAUAAGCAGAACCCCAGGCCAGGCACGAUAGUGGACGACGUAAUCACCCUUCCGGAAUGCACUGACUUCUACUUGGUGUCACAAUCGGUCCGCCAAGGGACGGUAUCGCCGACGGCAUACAACGUCCUCUACGACACGUCCGGCUUGAAGAUCGAUCAUCUGCAGUUGCUGUCGUACAAGCAGUGCCACGUGUACUACAACUGGUCCGGUACGACGCGGGUGCCAGCUGUCUGCCAGUACGCCCACAAAUUGGCCUUCCUGAUCGGUCAGUUUAUCCACCAGGCACCGAGCAAUAUGCUCGAGAAGAAGCUGUAUUUUUUAUGAGACGCAUAUGGAGCAAUGUUGCAUAUUUUUAUACUUUUUUUACAUUUUUAUGUAUACAAUUUGUUGAAAUUUUGCACUAUGGGAUUUGCAUGUAAUUUGACAGCGAAUAUUUUACCAGGAAUUAUUUAAGGCCUAAAGUUUAGUAUUAAAACUAAGGAAAUGUGAAAUAUUCCAUAUAUUUAUUGAAUUCAAAAAGUAGCAUUCAAAUAUUUGUUAUUUAAUUUGACACUGAACUUUAGAAAAUAAGAACUAUUUAUUUGGUUGACAUUUCAAAAUUCGGAUAAUAAACAUCUAAUAUGAUCAUC